UUUUACUAUAUGUUACAAAUAUCUUUAAAUUUUAGAUAUAAUGGGAUUAAGUGGUAAAUUAGCGUUGGUUACUGGAGGAGGACGUGGAAUUGGACGAGCUGUUUGUCAGAUAUUAUCUCGUGAGAACGCCCAAGUAAUUGUGACAGAUCUAAACCUAGACAACUGCAAUCAAACCCUACAAUCUUUGUCACAGUUGAGUCAUCUGGCAGUACAGAGCGAUGUAUCCUCUUCAAAUUCUGUAAAGUUAUGUUUUGAACAGAUACUGGACAAGUACAAGAGAGCUCCAGAUAUAAUCGUAAACUCAGCAGGAAUUACAAAGGAUGGAUUUCUACUACGGAUGAAAGAACAAGACUUUGACCAGGUAAUUGAUGUGAACCUGAAGGGAACCUUCCUAGUUACUCAGACCGGAGCUGGACUUAUGAAGGAUCAGGGGAUUCAAGGCUCUAUAGUUAACAUUGCCAGUAUCGUUGGAAAAACAGGAAAUAUCGGCCAAGCUAACUAUACUGCAUCUAAGGCUGGAGUUAUUGGGUUUACAAAGACUGCUGCUAAGGAACUGGGGAAAUUUGGAAUCAGGUGAAGGAAAAAAUAGUUGCAGAAAUACCUUUGGGUCAUCUUGGACAACCUGAAGAUAUUGCUUAUACUUGUCUUUUUCUAGCUUCAUCGAGAUCAAAGUAUAUAACUGGGGCCUCUAUUGAAGUAGCUGGUGGUUUGGGUGUCUGAAACAGUUCUAAUGCUACAUUGAUGUUUAGGGUUACACACAAAGGAUGAGAUUGUAAAGACGACUUGAAACUCAUCACAUAAGACAAUCCCAAGAUUGAAUUCAGUCUUCUGCCUUAAAUAUAGUUUUUAUGGUAUUUUUAAUGAUUUGGCGAAGAAAGCAAUAAGUUAUCAGUUGCUGGGAUUGGGAGCAUGAAUACAAUUUUAGCUGACGUCUCAUCCUUUUUGGGUAACCCUGUAACAUUGUAACUCCAUUAUGAUUCGGAAUAUUUUUUGUGAAAAAUUAAUUUGUUAGUUUGGGGGGAAAAAGUUUGUUUUUACAUAGUAAUUUUUUAAGAAAUUGUUGUCUAUGGCUAGCCUAGAGGAUUAAAAAAUACCUCAAAUUUAUUUUGUUUAUGACUUUUAAAGUUUAAGUUUUUUUCUUAAAAAGAACUAUUGUAGCUAAGAUGCAAACUAUCAUUGAAUUGAAUUACUUGUUUUAUCAAUAUUAGUUGAAAAUAUAUAUUUUUAGUAGAUUUUAAA